CAAAUAUAUUCCAAAUAUAUUCCAAAUACACUUCGAAUACACUUUGAAAUGGAUCAUAUUUCUGAUCCUUUGCCAAUUGACCAUCUGCCUUUCACAGAAUCAGUUCAUCUACCUCAAAAUACUCCCUUGAUCAACUUAUCCAAAAAUCAUAUCAAUAGUACUCAUUCUAAUAAUUAUCCCAAUAACAACAACAAUAAUAAUAAUAAUGCCAUAAGAAAUACCGGAAUCAUCUUUUUAUCCUUCUUUAACUUUUUUUUUACAAAAUUGCUGCUUCCCAUAUCCAUUCUUGCUCUAUCUGCCUAUCUUCGUCUUCACAACUUGGACAAGUCCGAUAAAGUCGUUUGGGAUGAAGCUCAUUUUGCCAAAUUUGGUAGCUACUAUAUUAAACGUGAAUUCUAUUCCGAUGUUCAUCCACCUUUUGGAAAACUAUUUAUUGCUUUCACUGAAUAUGUAUCCAACUUCAAUGGUUACGAUAACUUUGAUUCAACUGAUUCCUUCUCCUUUGACAGCUCGGCCACUUAUCCACCAAAUUUCAACUACAAAAAGAUUCGCAUCUUGAAUUCAAUCUUUGGUAUCCUAAUUCCCUUAGUGGCCUAUUACACUUCGAUUUCUCUAAAUUUCAAAAAAAGAACAACCAUUCUAAUAUCUUCAAUGAUCAUUUUUGAAAACAUGUUUAUAUCUUUAUCAAAGUUCAUCUUAUUAGACUCAACUUUACUAUUCUUCAUUUCAACUUCUUUUUAUUGUCUAGUUAACCUUCAUAAUAAUCUUAAAAUUAAACUCAAUAAUUACUCAAUAAAAUGGCUCUUCCUAACUGGUUUAUCAAUUGGUUUGGCUUGUAGUGUUAAAUGGGUAGGUUUAUUUAUAACUUUAAUUAUUGGCCUAUACAUAAUCAUGGAUUUAUAUCAGAAAUAUUUCUUUAUAUUUAAAUCAACUAAUCCAGUUGACUCAAUUAAUCUAAUCAAAUCAACAAAAUCAACAAAAUCAACAAAAUCAACAAAAUCAACAAAAUCAAUAAAAUCAACACAACCAACUAAAUCAAUGAAAUCUAAAAAAAUCAUCAAGUACAAUAAAUAUAGUAAAUAUAACAAAAUUUUAUACUUGAAAAUCUGGUUGCUUAGAAUCCUAUUACUAAUAGUUUUUCCCUUUUUAAUUUAUACGUUUUUCUUCAAAAUUCAUUUCUUAAUCUUAAACAAAACUGGUACUGGCCAUUCUUCAAUGUCAACUUUAUUUCAAAUUAACUUGAAAAAUUCUGAUAUCCAAAAUUCUUCUAGAUUUCUAACUUAUGGCUCCAAAGUAACAAUAAGAUCGCAAGGUUUGUCCCCAAAUCUUUUACAUUCUCAUAUCCAAAAAUACCCUUUAGGCUCACAACAAAAUCAAGUAACAACUUAUGGUUACAAAGAUGAUAAUAACGAUUGGAUCGUCCAAUAUCCCAGAUCUUCAAACUUUGGCAACUUGGGUAAUUUCGAUAUAAAUUCUUCCACUUUUUUAAACUCAAUUAAUAUCUCUCAAUCAAUUCUUAUUAAUAAUAACUCCUAUUCAAAUUUAAACCAUUUAAAUCUAAUUAAAAACGGUGAUUUAAUACGAUUAUCUCAUGAAAGAUUAAAUACAAAUUUACAUUCUCACAAAAUUCAAUCCCAUGUUUCUAAAAACAAUUAUGAAGUCAGUUGCUAUGGUAAUCAAAAAAUUGGUGAUCAAAAAGAUGAUUGGUAUAUAGAAAUAGUUGAACAAUUGUCUCCUAAACCUUCAUAUUCUCCUGAUAUUUCAAUUAAUAAUAACAAUGAUAAUAAUAAUAAAGACAUCUAUAUUCAUCCAAUCUCAACAAAUUUUAGAUUGAAACACAAAGUCCUUGGGUGUUAUUUAGCGACAACUGGCUAUUCUUACCCAAUAUGGGGGUUUCAACAAGGUGAAGUUGUUUGUAAAAAAUCAUUCUUUGCAAAUGAUAAAUCAACUUGGUGGAAUAUAGAAGAUCACUCAAAUGAAUUAUUGAAAAUCGACAAUGAUUAUAAACCACCUAAACCUUUGUUUUGGAGAGACUUUCUUUUAAUCAACUUUGCCAUGUCAUCAUCAAACAAUGCACUUGUUCCAGAUGAAGAUAAAGAAGACAACAUAGCGUCAAAAUGGUGGGAAUGGCCAAUCUUAAAAUCUGGAAUUAGAAUGUGUAGUUGGUCAAGAAAUGAUUAUAGAUAUUAUCUAUUAGGUAAUGUCUUUAAUGUCUGGAUAAGCUCUUUAAAUAUUAUCAUCUUUAUAAUAAUUUGUAUAAACCAAGUCUUAAAAUGGCAAAGACAAGAAAUUAAAUUUAAUCUAAAACUUUUUUAUAAAUUUUUAAUUGGAGGCUUAAUACCAUUCUUAUGUUAUAUUGUAAAUUAUUUGCCAUUUAUUAUCAUGGGUAGAGUUACUUAUAUUCAUCACUAUAUGCCCUCACUAUAUUUUGCUAUAUUCAUUACAGGAUUUAAUCUUGAAUUUGUUUUCAGAAAGAGAAAUUCCAAAAAUUUUAUGAAUUCUAUAACUUGCUCGUCUGAUGAAAAGUUUAAAGGGAAAGAGCAAAAAACAGAGAAAGAAAAAGGGAACUACAACCAAAAUAAGCAAUAUAAUAAUCAGAAUCUAAAUAGAAUUGAAGUUGAAGUUGAUAAUGAAAUAGAUAAUGAAAUUGAUAAAAUUAAUAAUAAAAUCAAUAAAAUGGAGCAUAGAUUUGAAAAUGGAAAUGGAAAUGGAAAUGGAAACAAUGUAAUAAUCAGUAAAAACAAUAAAACAAAAGGAAAUAGUAUUCCUAUUAUUAAUAUUAAAAGAAUAAUAAAAAAUUUCGAAGUUAAAGAAAAUCUUGUUUAUUUAUUUGUGCUUGUUUCUAGUGUUUGUAUAUUUUAUUAUUUAUCACCUAUGUGUUUUGGAAUGAAAGGGAAUAUUAAUAAUUAUUAUUAUUUACAGCUUUUACCUGAUUGGAAGAUUACCAAUAAAACCAAUUGGAGAGAGCAAUACCAAAAGCUAUUAACUUCGCUGGUAAAAUAGAAUGAAAAAGAAAACAAGUAAAAUUAACAGGUAAAAUAAAAAAAACGAUAUUAGAUAUCCAAUCUUUAAAUAAUAGAAUAGAAUAUUAAGCCAAUAAAUAAAUUACUAAAUAGAAUAUAUUCUUAAGGAGUAUUCUUAAAAGGCAUCUUUAAAGUAUAUCUGUAAAAUACAUGCUUAAAACAUGGAUAGAGAACAAAAAUUUAGAAUUGUUUUAGAAUUAUUUAAAUCUAUAUAUAAGAACUUUUUUAUGAUGAAAACUUGAAUUUAAAUGAAGAAACAAUAAGUAAAAUUUUAUAAAAUGUAUGCAAAAAAAAUUUAAAC